GCGAAAGGCACGGGGCGCCUCUCUUUCCUACGUCUGACUCGGUUCUCGACUGCUCCGGGCCGCUGUUGUAUUGUGGGAUCGCUGCGCCGUGCCUGAGACGCUCGGAUCCGCAGGGGCGCCCACUUGCUAGCGCCUCCUGUCGUCUGUAAGGUCGCCCUGCCAUUCCUCGGCACCCCAACUCCCCCCACCCCCCUAUCGCCUCCUCCUCCAUCCUCCAGUUCAAAAUGGCGGCGGCGGCGGCAGCGGCGGUGGCUAUGGCUCCUCCGGGCUGCCCGGGUUCUUGCCCCAACUUCGCCGUAGUCUGCUCCUUCUUGGAGCGCUACGGGCCGCUGCUCGACCUGCCUGAGUUGCCGUUCCCCGAGCUGGAGCGGGUGCUGCAAGCUCCGCCGCCGGACGUCGGCAACGGAGAAGUACCUAAAGAAUUGGUGGAGCUCCAUUUGAAGUUGAUGAGGAAGAUUGGCAAAUCUGUUACAGCAGAUAGAUGGGAAAAAUAUUUGAUCAAGAUAUGUCAAGAGUUUAACAGCACCUGGGCAUGGGAGAUGGAGAAGAAAGGCUAUCUUGAAAUGAGUGUUGAAUGCAAGUUAGCACUCUUAAAGUACCUCUGUGAGUGUCAGUUUGAUGACAAUCUCAAAUUCAAGAAUAUUAUCAAUGAGGAGGAUGCCGAUACCAUGCGUCUCCAGCCAAUUGGCCGUGACAAAGAUGGCCUCAUGUACUGGUACCAGUUGGAUCAAGAUCACAAUGUCAGAAUGUAUAUAGAAGAACAAGAUGAUCAAGACGGCUCUUCAUGGAAAUGCAUCGUCAGAAAUCGAAACGAGUUGGCUGAGACUCUUGCACUCCUGAAAGCACAAAUUGAUCCUGUACUAUUGAAAAACUCUAGCCAACAGGACAACUCUUCCCGGGAAAGUCCCAGCUUAGAGGAUGAGGAGACUAAAAAGGAGGAAGAAACACCUAAACAAGAGGAACGGAAGGAAAGUGAAAAGAUGAAGAGUGAAGAGCAGCCAAUAGAUUCAGAAAACUGUUCUACACCCAAUGCUCUAGAAGAGACUACUGUGAAAAUAGAAAAAGAAGAUGAAAAGGAACUUGUAAAACUGCCAGUCAUAGUGAAGCUAGAAAAACCUUUGCCAGAAAGCGAAGAAAAAAAGAUUAUCAAAGAAGAAAGUGAUUCCUUCAAGGAAAAUGUCAAACCCGUAAAAGUUGAAGUGAAGGAAUGUAGAGCAGAUCCUAGAGAUAUCAAAGGUAGCAUGGAGAAGCUAGAGCCUGAGAGGCUAGAUUUUGCUGGCAAUGUUAAAUCUUCUCAAGAAAUCACUGAGAAGUCUACUGAAGAAACCGAGAAACUUAAAAAUGACCAGCAGGCCAAGAUACCACUAAAAAAACGAGAAAUUAAACUGAGUGAUGAUUUUGACAGUCCAAUCAAAGGACCUUUGUGUAAAUCAGUUACUCCAACAAAAGAGUUUUUGAAAGAUGAAAUAAAACAAGAGGAAGAGACUUGUAAACGGAUCUCUACAAUCACUACUUUUGGUCAUGAAGGGAAACAGCUGGUAAAUGGAGAAGUUAGUGAUGAAAGGGUAACUCCAGAUUUUAAGACAGAACAGAUGGAGAUGAAGUUUUAUGAUACAAAGGAAGAUAGCUGUAGCCCCUCUAAGGACAGAAGUGUCAUCAUGGAGGGAAAUGGAGCAGAGUCUUUAAAUUCUGUCAUAAUGAGUAUGAAAAUAGGUGAUCUUGAGAAAGAAGUGGUCACUUUAGGGAAAGAUGCAGAUAAUUCAAUAUCAGCCUUAGAGACACAGAGUCACAAAGGGCACAUAGAGGAAACUGGUCCUCCAGAAAUGGAAACCUCUCUUGAGACUUCUGAAAUAGGAAAGGAUCUCUCUUUAAAAACUGCUUUAUCUACCACUGAAUCCUGUAGCAUGAGAGUUGAAGAGAGGUCUCCCAAAAGUAAGAAGGAUAAGCGCCCACCAGUCCUAGAAUGUCUUGAAAAGUUAGAGAAGUCCAGAAAGACUUUUCUUGAUAAAGACACACAAAGAUUGAGUCCGAUACCAGAGGAGGUUCCAAAGAGUACUGUAGAAUCAGUAAACGCAGGGUCUCCCGAGACAGCUGAAACUUCUCCAUCAUCUAACGUGACUGUCCACUGUGAGAAACUAGCCUCAGGAAAAGAAGUGGUAGAGUGUCAGAAUAGCAGUUCCACUGAAGGUCAGUCUUUGGAGAAAAUAGACCCAGAAAAUUUAAAAGUGGAUUCUGAAUCCACAAAGGUAGAAGUGGAUGAUCUGGACAAUGCCCAGACCUCUGGCACAGGUGAUCCUUCUGAGACAAAGGGUUCUAUGCAAAAAAGCAAAUUUAAAUACAAGUUGAUUCCUGAAGAAGAAACCACUGCCUCAGAAAACACAGAAAUAACCUCUGAAAGGCAGAAAGAGGGCAUCAAAUUAACAAUUAGGAUAUCCAGUCGGAAGAAGAAGCCAGAUUCUCCUCCCAAAAUUCUAGAGCCAGAAACCAAGCAAGAGAAGACAGAAAAGGAAGAAGAAAAAACAAAUGUGGGUCGUACUUUAAGGAGGUCUCCAAGAAUAUCUAGACCCACAGCAAAAGUAGCUGAAAUCAGAGAUCAGAAAGCUGAUAAAAAAAGAGGGGAAGGAGAAGAUGAAGUGGAAGAAGAGUCAACAGCUUUGCAAAAAACUGAGAAAAAAGAAAAUUUGAAAAAAGCAGAGAAGGAUACAAAUUCUAAAGUAACCAAGGUAAAACCCAAAGGCAAAGUUCGAUGGACUGGUUCUCGAACACGUGGCAGGUGGAAAUAUUCCAGCAAUGAUGAAAGUGAAGUGUCUGACAGUGAAAAAUCAUCUGCAGCUUCGGAAGAGGAGGAAGAAAAGGAAAGUGUAGACGCCAUCCUAGCAGAUGAUGAUGAACCUUGCAAAAAAUGUGGCCUUCCAAACCAUCCUGAACUAAUUCUCCUGUGUGACUCUUGUGACAGUGGGUACCACACUGCCUGCCUUCGCCCUCCUCUCAUGAUCAUCCCAGAUGGAGAAUGGUUCUGCCCCCCUUGCCAACAUAAACUACUGUGUGAAAAAUUAGAGGAACAAUUGCAGGAUUUGGAUGUUGCCUUAAAGAAGAAGGAGCGUGCUGAACGCAGGAAAGAACGGUUGGUGUAUGUGGGUAUCAGUAUUGAAAACAUCAUUCCUCCACAAGAGCCAGAUUUUUCUGAAGAUCAUGAAGAAAAGAAAAAAGAUUCCAAAAAAUCCAAAGCAAACUUGCUUGAAAGGAGGUCAACAAGAACACGGAAAUGUAUAAGUUAUAGAUUUGAUGAGUUUGACGAAGCAAUUGAUGAAGCUAUAGAAGAUGAUAUCAAAGAGGCUGAUGGAGGAGGAGUUGGCCGAGGAAAAGAUAUCUCCACUAUCACAGGCCACCGUGGAAAAGAUAUCUCUACUAUUUUGGAUGAAGAAAGAAAAGAAAAUAAACGGCCCCAGAGGGCAGCUGCUGCUCGCCGGAAGAAACGCCGGCGACUAAAUGAUCUGGACAGUGACAGCAACCUGGAUGAAGAAGAGAGUGAGGAUGAAUUCAAGAUCAGUGAUGGAUCUCAAGAUGAGUUUGUUGUAUCUGAUGAGAACCCAGAUGAAAGUGAAGAAGACCCACCAUCUAAUGAUGACAGCGACACUGAUUUCUGUAGCCGAAGACUAAGGCGACAUCCCUCCCGGCCAAUGAGGCAAAGCAGGCGUUUGCGGAGAAAGACUCCAAAGAAAAAGUACUCCGAUGAUGAUGAAGAGGAGGAAUCUGAGGAGAAUAGUAGAGACUCUGAAAGUGAUUUUAGUGAUGGUUUUAGUGAUGAUUUUGUAGAAACUCGGCGAAGGCGGUCAAGGAGGAACCAGAAAAGACAAAUUAACUACAAAGAAGAUUCAGAAAGUGAUGGUUCCCAGAAGAGUUUACGACGUGGUAAAGAAAUCAGACGAGUUCACAAGCGUAGGCUUUCCAGCUCAGAGAGUGAAGAGAGCUAUAUAUCCAAGAACUCUGAAGAUGAUGAGCUAGCUAAAGAAUCAAAGCGGUCAGUUCGAAAGCGGGGUCGAAGCACAGAUGAGUAUUCAGAAGCAGAUGAGGAGGAAGAGGAAGGUAAACCAUCCCGAAAACGGCUACACCGGAUCGAGACAGAUGAAGAAGAGAGUUGUGACAAUGCUCAUGGAGAUGCAGAUCAGCCUGCCCAUGACAGCCAGCCCAGGGUCCUGCCCUCAGAACAAGAGAGCACCAAAAAGCCCUAUCGGAUAGACAGUGAUGAGGAAGAGGACUUUGAAAAUGUAGGCAAGGUGGGGAGCCCUUUGGACUAUAGCUUAGUGGACUUACCUUCCACCAAUGGACAGAGUCCUGGCAAAGCCAUUGAGAACUUGAUUGGCAAGCCAACUGAGAAGCCUCAGACCCCCAAGGACAACAGCACAGCCAGUGCAAGCCUGGCCCCCAAUGGGACAAGUGGUGGGCAGGAGGCAGGGGCACCAGAAGAGGAGGAAGAUGAGCUUUUGAGAGUGACUGACCUUGUUGAUUAUGUCUGUAACAGUGAACAGUUAUAAGACUUUUUUCCAUUUUUGUGCUAAUUUAUUCCACGGUAGCUCUCACACCAGCGGGCCAGUUAUUAAAAGCUGUUUUAUUUUUCCUAGAAAACUCCACUACAGAAUGACUUUUUAGAAGAAAAAUUUCAACAGACCUUGAAGUCUUUCUGUGAAGUGACCAGUUUUGAACUUUGAAGAUAAAUAAUUGCUGUAAAUUCCUUUUGAUUUUCUUUUUCCAAGUUCAUGGUCCUUGGUAAUUUCAGUCAUGGGAAAAAAAUCUUAUUGUAACAACAAAGAUUUGUAUAUUUUUGACUUUAUAUUUCCUGAGCUCUCCUGACUUUGUGAAAAGGGUGGAUAAGAAUGCAUUCCGAAUCUGUGAGGGCCCAAAAACAGAAUUAGGGGUGGGAGAAAGCACUUGUGCUUCAGCUUUUUCAUAUUAAAUAUAUAUUAUAUUUAAACAUUCAUGGCAUAGGUGAUGAUUAACAGACUGCUUAGAAGUUCAAGUCUGUAUUGUUGCAGUUUGAGAAUUGUAGAUAACAUCAUACAUAAGUCAUUUAGUAACAGCAUUCAUGAAAUCAGCUUGUUUACUAUUGGAGAUAACCACACUUAAUAAAGAGACCGAAAAAAUACCAUCAUAAAAAACUCUAACCUAAGUUUCUCUUAUAGCGGAGUUUGUUGUUUAAAAAAAAAAAAUCAUCUGAAAAGCAUUUGUACAGUAAAAUGUAUAAUGAAGCUUUGACAACCAGAUUGUGCUAGUAAAAAAUUUUUUAAAACAGCUUUAUGCAGUGGUGAUCAGGUGGUCUUCAAUAUGCUAUCAUGGAGAAUUAUUAGUGAAAUGAGUGUGGUCUUUCAUAAGGCCCGGGUGGACUGUAAACUUUGCAGAUAGUGUAACUCUUGUCUCUGGCCACUUAAUAUUUAAAUAUCUGAAAUAUCAUUUUAAAAUAAGUACAUCUAUACAUAACAUACAUGAAGAGAUGGAUGCUAAGCUGACCGCAGUAUUUUAGCACAUUUGUAGAAGGGGAAAGGAUUUUCAGGUGAAUUUUAACUGGUCUAUUCUUGCCCUUAGUAUCUACUUCAAAUUGAAGUCUACAAACAAAGCAGUUCCUUUGGGAGGUUUUUAGUUUGAGUGUGUGUGUGUGUGUGUGUGUGUGUGUGUGUAUGUGUGUGUGUGUGUGUGUGUGUGUGUGUGUGUUGGAAUUUCCUAUCUGCCUGGAUAUAUUAGCAGGGUUUGAAUGUAGUUUUGGCCUUUGGCCAUUAGACUUCUAUUAAAAUUCAUUAAUAGUCACAUGACCAAUAUAGAAUUGAUUGAAAACCGCCAAUGUACUUAAUAGGUAUGACAUCCUUUUCAAACAUCUCAACACUUCAAAGAAAGAUAAAGCCCUUUGUUUCAAGAAAAAGGGGUUUGUAACUAACUAAAUAUCUAACAUGUAAUUGACACUAAAAUAUGAACUUGUCUUAGUUUCUGUUAGAGCUGUAAAAUUUCAGGCAGAGCCAUAAAUAACAUUUUACAAAGUGUAGCACUUGUGAUUAAACCUUGCCUGUCAAAUUCUGAAACCUUCAGCCAUUACUUCUGUGAAUACUUUUGCCCUGGGAUUGGGUUUUCUGUUCCAGUGUUGUGUCUGUUGCCGGCAAUGGACACACCAUAUCUGCUGCUGGCCCAAGGAACUUCAUUAAUUAGUCUUUCCAAAUUAAGCAUUAUAUGUGCUAGUCAGUGUGUAGUAAAGCACUUCUCUAUUUUAUUAUUAAAAAGCUGGCAUUAGACUUGCAUUAUAAAUACCUCUCUAGAAACUUUAUACUCCUUUUCCUCCCUCCACAGGUGUUGCCCUUAAAUCUUAUCUUUUGGCCUUGAAAGUUUAUAGCUGUUGUUUUUCACUUGUUGGUUCUUGGUUUUUUUUUGUUUUGUUUCACUUUAGUUCUGUAGUACCUACCCAUUGAUAUUUUUGCUUUGAUUCUAGCAGUGUAUAUGUAUAUGUAUAAAAAAUAAAAGAAUGAAAGCAGCCUAAAAAUAGGAUGCACCAACAGCAUGUGGUUCCAAGCAAGUUGUGAUUUUUAUUUUGAGACAGUGUUCCACCAGAAGGGAGGGAAGGGCUUACAUUCACAGACAGUAAGUAGGGCUAUGUAAGGAGCCACAUUCACUUACCAAGCCUGCUUUCUGGCUAGGUUUGUUUCAUUUAUUUGAAAGUCAGUUAAGAAUGUUGGCCUUUUUAACUAUCUAAAACAGGCAGGCAAUAGAAAGUUUCCUAUUAAUGCAAGGUAAGUGGUUAGAAUGUGCAGGUGGCCUAUCCUGCCCCCAGUCUCCCGCUACCAUUUUAGUCCUGCAGCUGGGUAAAGCCACUAAGGUGCAGAAACUCCCAUGUACCCUCUCUCUACCUCUGGACACAUCAGCUUCUGCUUCAGCCUAUUAGUUUUCUUCAGUUAAGCAAAUGAAGAAGUAUUAAAUGGGUAGAUUAUUUAUUUUAUAGGAUGCCUAAUGUGAAACAAGGAGUUCUUUUUACUCUUCUGCUAUAGAGAGCAAAAGGUAAUUUUAUCUUAGUAAGGACUGAGUAUUCUAUUUAGCAAAUGUCCCACUGACAUUGAUAACCAUUUUUGCUGCCUGUUAUUUCCCAAACUUGAAUUCAGUGUUUGUGAAGUUGAUAGUGUUUCCCUUUGAAUUCCCUUCACUUUCUGAUUAAACCAGUUAACUAUGCUUCAUCUACAAAGAGUGCAAUCUAAGCACCUGAUAGUUACAAAUUGUUAUCAUGCAGGUAGGUUAAUUAUGGCUGAUUAAAUGUUGAACAGUUCAAAAACAAUCUGCUGCUUGGUGUUUAGAUUCAGUCCCUCAAAGAGUCUGUGUUUGCUGAAAUACUAACUCUGAACAUGCUUUGAAGAAGUUAAAAAAGAACAAAAUGUAGGAAAAAGUGAACUUUCUAUUUCCAAAGACAUAAUUCAGUCAUUAGGAACUGGACAGAGUAUAGGAAAGCAGCAAUUCAUCUAGAGUUUAGAACAUCUUGGAUCCUUGUAAUUAGAGUACUAACCAUGGAUUUAGGCUCCCAAUAGCUGCUAUGUAAUAGAGCCCUUUAAUACUUUAAACCCCCUUUUUGGAAAUACAAAUUGGACUCCCAGUAUCAAACUCCAAGUCUAUAGCAAAUAUAUUAAGGGGAGAUGUACUUUAGUACUCAGAAUAUUUAGUGUGCAGUUUCUGUAAAGGUUUGAAACCUAGACAAAUUUUCACAAAGCAGAAACUUUGAGUUAAAAUACGUGAAAAGAACUCAGACUGAAAAUAACAUGUUUUGGUUUUGUAGACUUGUGCUGAUGAAAUAGUGUUUCGUGUAAACAUUUUCUGUUGUUGGCACAUUACUAGAGAAUGACGGCAGCGACAUUCUCAAGAAUAUACCUGAAUUAUUGAGGUCGGGUUUCCUUGGCACAUCUUUUUCCAGUUGGUCAAGGUUGCAGAUUCCGAGAAUUAAAAGGAGUUUCAUUUAGAAUAAAUUCACGUCUACUGAUAAUUUUUUAAAAAUGAUCUACCAAAGAAUCAAGGACUUCAAAUGCUAAAGAAGUUGUUGAAAAAAAGAUUUUUAAACAAAUUAACAGGACAUUACAAACUCCAGUUUUUACUUUUUGGUUGAUAGAACCCAUCCCAUAAUAUGCAUUUGGGCACAGAACAUAUAUAUUAAGAAAAAUGUGGGUGUUUACUGUUAUUUAGAGUUUAAAAGGUGGGGAAAUGUUAGCUAUUUUUAAGUGGGACUGAUGGAAUUUCCUCUGUCACAAGGAAUGCCUUUUUAGCUUAUGUUUGUGGGGAUAAGAGAUGUUAACCGUUCGCUAGUUCUAGCAUACAAUUGAAAGGAACCUAAUGAAUUUACAAGUUUAAUAUUCAGAAAAAGUUGUGAACUGCCCUACAUCAACACAGUGGAACAAACAGGUCCCUGAUUCAUGGCAUUGCCUCACAGCUAUAGGACAAGUUUUUAAAGACCCAGAUCUUUUUUUAAGUGGAAUAAACAUAUAUAUGUAUGUGUAUAUAUAUAUAUAAAUUAAUAUGUAUAUACAUAUCUUAGAUGUUAGAAGAAAUAAAAAUGAACCCUCUGAAAUUAUUUGACACUAUAAAAAAUAAGACAUAAUUGUAACUGAUGUGAAAUUAUGAACAUCAUUUAAUUACACAAAGCCUAGAGAAAAAUAGUGAAGUUCCUCUUCUUAGUUUAACAUCCUGGUUCUCCCAAGAAGCAAGAAUGCCAAGACUGCAUACCUUCUGUAUCUACCUAGUCCUCUGCUUAAUAUCUGUUAUUAAAGUUUCUUAGAAUAAAUUCCAUUCCUAUUUUAUCCACCAUUCCCAGUUUGUACCUGUAAACCUACCUUGGAAGUGGCAAGCUAACUGCUGAUUUACUUCAUUGUUUUUAUACCAAUCCUGAAAGACAAGACCCUUUGCUAUCAAUGUAUUUAAACUGAGUUAUUUUGUUAUGUGUAUACUUAAUAAUUUGUUUUCAAAAUAUUUCACUCUUAAAUUAUCAUUAACAUUAUGAGUGCCAAGAAUUGCUAAGUAACUAUGUAACAUAUAUUGAAGAUUGUCAUCCUCCAGCAAGCAAGCAGUCAUUAAUAAGCAAAAAUGUAGUGCUCUUGGUAUGUAGCUACUCUAGAUGGUACACUCGACACUUUUUAAAAAUUCAUAUAAACCCUCUCAGAAAUUGAUUAGGAUAUGAUUCCAUUAGUGAAUUUUUUCAUUUUUGUCAUGUAAGCUCAAUUUUUUUUCAUUUUAUGUUUAUAUCAUUUUGCUCUGGGAAAUGCUGCAAACCCAAUUCUGACACAUUGUAGUGAUUUCAGUUAAUAAAGAUUUUUAUUUUAAUAACUAAGAUGGUCUAUCCUAUGCAUAAGUUAUAUGAGAGGGCAUAACAAAUUAUUGGACAAGUAGAAAUUUAUUAAUUAAGCUCCUUAGACAUUUUGAAUGAGAAAAGACAUUUUUAAAGGAACUACAUUUGUGUUUUUUACCAAACCGGUACAAGCUAGAAAAUGCACUAGGGACUGAGUGACCUGCCUUGUUCAUUUUGCCACUGGAUGAUGUAAGUUAAGAAUGGAAUUGUUAACCCUAACUAUAUAUUUUCUUGACUUUCAUCAGUUUCUAAAGAAAUCUAAUUCAAGUGUUUGGGGUUUUGUUUGACAUGUAUUUAUUGAGUUCUGUUCUUAGACCAGGAGCUAGCUGCAUGUCGUGCUUAUGAAUGGCCAAGAACACAAUCAUUGGGAAACUUAAUGGCUCAAGACCUUCUGAAUCAUUUAACUUAUUUUGUAUGUUGCAAAAAAAAAAAGUUUAUUUUGCUUGAGAGUCACAUUUUUUUAUAACUGUACAGCUUUUAAGGGAGGGGAGGUGGAAAAAUACCCUAAAAUAGGAUGUAGAUUUUUACAAUUGUGUUUAUGCUAGAACAUCUACAGGUGCAUUAUGUAAUUAAACCUAAAAUUGUUUAAAAAUUUGUGCCAUGGUCUUUUUCAUUAUCCUGCCCUUUAGCAGAGUUGGUGCACAUCAGUACUGCUAUAUGGACAAGCCUUGAAAUUAGGCUAAUAACCCUGUCUCCAAAGCUUUAAGAUCAUUGCAUGAAAAUUACACACACAAUACGCACAUGUAGACAUAUACACAGAUCUAGUUUAUAUUAGUGUAAAUGGAUUUUCAAUUUAAGAACAGCUGUAAUGGCCCAAAUUUGGCAGUUAGCAGCAUAUUCUUAAAGUGCGUGAUUUUCAUGAUGCCUAACUAAGGUAUUCUCAAUGUUGGUCUGAUGUUUUGUUUUCUUAUCAAAGUAGAGUCUUGGUAAUGGUAUCUGAAUUAUAGCUUGCCCAAACCUGCCAGGAGGUUUUGUAUACACCUUGAAAGGAUGUGUCCUGUGCUGGGAUCGGGGGGUUGGGAGUGGAACAAAGCUUGGUUUCUUUUCAAUAUGCAAAAGAAGGAGAAACUAGAAUUGUUUGAUUUGGUUCUUGUAGACUCUAUUCAGUAGACUUAAUUCCACAGGGAUAUUUGUCUGCUGGAGGCAUGGCAGGAAGGGAUAUCAGAUUCAAAUUCCAAUUCCCUUCUUACUUGAUAAAAAGUAUUUUGAAAUCUUGUAAAGCUGCUGAUUCUAGCAGCCUUAUAUGUCACAUUUUACCAUGUUAUAUUGACACCUUUGUUUAAGUGCCAUUACUUUUUGCCAUCUGAUAAUUUACCAUUCUAAUUUCUCACCUUUGUAGCAAAAGUGUAUUCUUGUAAAGAAUUAAAUCCAUAACUUCUACCUAAGUUACCUGUAUCUAUUGUCAGUUAAUGUAGGAUGUCGGUUUCUUUGCUCUCCUCAUCCGUUCAGAAAUGAAGCCUGGGAAUCAUUUAUUUCCAGGCAAAGAAUACAAAUUCCAGAUAAGAAUUUGUAGAUGGCUUAUGUUAGAUUUCCAUUUUAAUUUUAAAGUAGUAGCUAGGAUCCAGGGAGUGUUUAAUCAGAAUGCCUCUUGGAUUUUCAGACAUGCUUAUAUGAAAUGCUUUAUUUUCCUAUGCAUAAAAAAUUAUUCCUGGAAUAGGUUCUCAGAAUGCUUUAUUUUGUUUCUAGGAGAUGAGAGCUAAAGCAGAAACUCCAAGAUUAGCAUAAAACUCUUGAGGUAAUAAGGAACGUGCUAUUAGUUAAACAGGAGAAGCUGGCAUGCUCUCUGCCACGUAUGACAUACUGCAUGUAUCGGGGGCGGGGGGGGGGGAAGAGAUUUGAAAACUGGAAAUGUGAUUCCAAUAAUGCACAAAGUAAAUUUUGUGCAUAGAAAAUAUAGGAAUUCCUGGUAGCUUAAAGCUUCAGGGGUUAACUGCAGUGUAUGAACACCUAGUGUGUUAGAAUUGCAGUGCAUAGUUGUUUUAAAUAACAAUAUUCCUUGUUAGUGACAACCAGAAUACGUUUUGUGGCUCAUGCCAGUAUUUUUGUUAAUGAAAUGUUCAGUGUCUCACUACAGUCUGAUCAAAACUUGGUGUUAUAAGAUAGGCCCAAAGCUAUUUGAUGGCUAUUGGCCUAAUUGUGUAAAUUUUCUUUCAAAAUGUUUUAUUAUAAUACUUCUGUCAUUUCUUUCACUUAAUAUAUGUCAAUUGUCAUAAUAAAAAAAUUAAAUAAUUUGA